GGUGCAGCCAGUGCUAUGCAGGAGCUUGCUCUCCUCUCUCAGGUCUUCUGCUCGCUUGUAGUUACCCACAUCAGUCAGCUGUGUGCAUGGCCCUGCAUUACGCUCUGGUGUGCGUUGGUGUAUGCAGCCACAGAAAGUGUGCAUAGGAAAUAUUUAACACCUCUUUAUCAUCCUUUUUCUGCCUCUGCUUUGUCCACAGAAUGAAGGAAAAAAAAAAAAAAAAAGUGAGACAUACCACUUUGUUCUCAGGAGCCGGGUUUUGCAGGAUUAGUCCUGUAAAUCACAACUUUUCUGGGUCGGCAUUGUCUUAUUUGGGACUUGUGUGAUGCCAACACUUAAAGAAUAAAAAGCAGCAUUUGCACUUAACAUUUCAUAGCUGGAAGACUUUUUUCUUUCUUGGAACUGUGUACCUGCGUUGAGAGGAAAAUAGAUGUGGGGACAGAACCAUUUCCUCAGGAAAAUCAGCAGCAAAAAUACCACUAGCCCUGACAGGAGCAUGGUCCAAGAAACUUUUGCAUCCAACCCACUGGACUUGACCAGAUUCAGCCCAAUGAGUUCAAUGGGCCUGAUCCAGAAGGUCCUUAGUUUUGAAGUGGGAAGCGCGUUUCAAAGUAAAAGCUCUGCAAAUAUCUUCUCUCUGGCUUCCUGCUCUCUGCCACUAGUCAUCCUUGCCAGCAUGUUUACACUUCCCCUCGCCUGCGGUUGUUUUAUCAGGCAAUGUGUUUGUUCUGCGUCUAGUAUAAAGUAAGUGAGUAAGCGAGGGUUUCGCACACACAGGUCGUGCACACAUGCAGUGUGCCCAGGAUGACACGGACGAGUACAGUAUUGAGCAUUUUCGUCUUGUUUCUUCGUACCACUUUUGGGGAAAGUGGUUGCACUUCUGCAGAUGGUGAUGGGACCUUUGAAGAUGACGAACCAGGCAACUUUGACGUUGACUGCUUCAGCCAGCUGGAAUUUAAGGAUUCCUACAGCAGCCUGACCUGCAAUUUUACAGAGAUGCCUCCUCACAACACUAACUAUACCCUGGCUGUGUGUACCAAAGAAGACAGCAAUUAUGUGUGUUUCGAUAUGGAGAAACGGGAUGACGUGUAUUUCUUACAAUUCACUGAUAUACUCUCGAAUAAAGAUAUUUGCAUGGAAUAUGAGAUAAAGAGAAGAGUCUGCAGGAGUCUGUUCGUCACUGACAUUGUUAAGCCCGAGGUACCAUUCAAUAUCAACAUCACAUACCAAAAGGAGGCAAAUGAGUAUCUUAUUCACUAUAGUACACCACAUUCGUGGAAGAAAUACUUAAAGGACAAAUUAAUACACCAAAUAGCCUAUCGGCAGGGAGAAGGUCCUUGGAAGACAAUAGAAUCGCCAUACCUUCAGGUAAAGUUACUGGGGAAAAACCUCGAAACAGAUGCCUCUUAUGAGGUGAAAGUACGCUCGCAGCCCAAUGGAGAUUAUUUUAAAGGCACGUGGAGUGAAUGGAGUGUCUCCAAGAGCUUCAGGACUGCAGGAGAGCACUCUGUGGAGAGACAUAACAGCAUGUUCGUGAUUAUGCUCUCCAUCCCUGGAUUCAUUCUGUCAGUUGUCAUGAUUGUACUGAUCCUAAGUUUUUGGGAAAGCAGGAUCAAGCCUGCUAUGUGGCCAAACCUUCCUGAUCAUAAAAAAACUCUGGAGCAACUGUGCAAGAAACCAAAAAAUAAUUUUGAUAUAAGCUUUAACCCAGAGAGUUUCGGUUACGUUUUUAUCCAUAAAGUGGACGGCAUUCGAGCAAAAGCUGAACAGGAAAGUUUUCUGCAGCCACCAACUGCUCCAGAGACGAAUGUUCCAGCAAAGGUUAGGAGUGCAUCAGACCUGAAGAGGAGCCCUGCAAGGACAAACAAAAGCAACCUAAACCUGUCCAUGAGUUACGGAGGAAUCUGGUCAUCAGAAGCCCUGCAUGGACUCCUGGGAAGCAACCAGUCUGCAGGCACCGAAGGCGUCUGUGGAUCCAGCAUGUAUGAGGUGUGCCACAGCAGCGAGUUGCCCCUGUGUGACCAGGGUACUGACUUUCCCUCUGCUCCUCCCCUGGAUCCCUCAGGCCAACCUGGACCAGAGCCCCUGGAAGGUGACAUGGUGUCCCAGAUGCCACCUAGCAGUGAACUGAGGUCACCAAACAAUGAAGAAGCCUAUGUCACCAUGUCUAGCUUUUACAAAAAUCAAUAGACCUUACAGAUAUGACAGAAUGCUGUUUUUUCACCAACACAAGUGGGAUAAUGAAGCCGCCUAUUUUGUUUUCCUGUGUCCUGCAGCAGCGAGCUCCCACCUCCACCAUGCAUCCUGAUCACAGCGCAACGCUGUACCUACGAGGAAGUGGGUUCUUCAGCCUUUUAGUGUUGAGUGUCCUAACCUCCACUCUCAGCCUGCUGGCAGCAAUCUCCACUGUAGCAGAAAUGAAAUUUAAUUUAACCUGACUUUAAUCUUCAGAUAUGAUUAAUCCAGAGCAAUGACGCUGCACUCCUAGCCGAGGAUGACAGCAUCUUUCAUAAAAGUGAACGCUUCUGACAAGCUCUUAUUAAUGCCUAAGGAAGAAAUACAGUAGCAAAUUCAAGUUAAAUAGCAUCUGAUAUCUUUCACACCAACUCAGAUCAAGAAUAACUCCUCUGCAUUCAGUGGAAGUCCACAAGUUUGCAAAAUGCCAGUAAAUGAGAAUUGCGCCUAAGCAUUAAUCACCUGGGGAUUCAGGAGCUUGGCCACUGCAAAGGAGGUUCACAAAGCCCCCAGGAAAAAAAGGCACAUGGAAUCACUUUAAGAAGAUGUUUUCUCAGACUGAAUUUUUUCAGAUAGAUGAAAACAACACAAAACCCAGCAUGCAGCUCAUUUGACUACCCUGGAGUCAAAUUCAGGGUCCAUAGGAACUUCUGCUAGUAGUUUAUAUUAAAUACCUUCAGUUAUUUCAUGUAUUAGCAAUCUUUUUAGACAAGAACACAAAACAAAAUCAAUGAAAAGCAAACUCCUAGUUCUUCCUAUAACUGAAUCAGGGCUGUAAAACACAUGUUGCUGUCUUUCUCUGCAGCUCUUGCACAAGCAUUAGUACAGCAUGCAACUACUUUCCUGGACAGAAGGACUGAUCGGAUAAUGUUUUCUUGCUAACAUUAUCCCCAGUGACUGUGGCUGCAUGAGAAUACUUCGAAUUUGGCCAGGUACUUUUCUCAUGCAGCUUCUGGCCUAGAAAUAUAGAUGGAGCAUCAUGGAUCUUGCCACUCAUCUCAAGAUCCGUAUUUAUAAAGUAGUAGCUUGUAACUUGCCUGGAGAUAAUGUAGAAAAAGCCUUUAACAUUAUGACUAAGGAAGGCAUCCUGUCCCUUCCCAUUCACCCUUCUCUGGACUCUGUGCCCGUUUCUAAGGGGCUUCCCAUAGGCUGCCACUCCGGGAGGGCUGAGCCACUUCACUGCUCCUGUGGGAUGCUGCACGCUGCAGAGCACACGCUUGGAGACAAAGCUGCUACAGCCACACGGUUGCAUGACAGCCAAGCAGUGUGGCCAUGGGAAAUCCAAGCCACUUUGCUGUGCUCUGGGGUUGGGGUUCACCACACUGUGAAGUAUCAGUUCCUCUAGCUGCUUGAAAUCCUCCUUGUUUAUAUUCAUGUUCCCAGAGUCCAAGGGUAAAAAGAGUCCUCCCUCAUCCUCAGAGCUGCUUGAACAUUUUCUGACUGCUAAUAAGCACAGAGAAGUUGUUAUAUUUGACGUAGUCUGCUGGAGAAAAACAGCACUCCCAAGACAGCUCUCCACCAGCCCCAGCUCCACCUGACAUCUGGGGACCCUUCAGACAGGGAUAACUUUAUGGUCUCUGCAUGCAAAGUGGCAGAGAGUUUGACUCAUGAUACUCCAGUGACAUUUUACAGAAUUGUUUUUAUUACUGUUUCUCACCAAACGACAGGCUGAUUAAUGCAGUAGAAAAAGAUGAAAGCCCUGGACAUUCAUUUCCUUUAUGAUAUUUGUAUUUCAUUUUUAAAAAAAUAGCUGCUGGUAAUGCUUAUGCUGUGCAGACAUGCACAGUGCGACUGUAGAUGUGGAGAGACUGCACUGGGAAGAUAGCCUCUUCCAGUAACACAGUGACAAAGAGGGGAUAGAGGAAGAAGCAAAAGUGCAUCAGAAGAAUCCUGUACAGUAUGUGCUAUGCUUGUUCUGAGCUCAUACAUACAUUUUUAAUGGAUACAAGUGCCAUCACCAAUGUCUAUUUGCACUAUUUAAGCAGUAAGGUACCGACAUCUAAUAGUCUUUCUGCUUGUCCAGAAAGGUAUACAGAAUACAUACAGAAUACAGAAUAUAAACAAUUUCUCUGUAUUUCUUUAAUACAGAAAAAGAACCGGCAAUCUCGUGUUUAUUUACUGUAAUAUCUCAUGUUUAUUUACUGUAAUCACUCCGAAAUAGUUAUAUUUUUCCUGUGUAGUCCUCAUAUUUUUGCAUAGCUGCUAUGUUUAAACAAUCUUAUUCUCUGUGUCUAAUGAUUUUAUUUAAUUAGAUAACUUGUAACCUUGGUUUUAUAAUGUAUUUACUGUAUUAAAAGGACAUGGCUAUUUGCAUGACCUAUUUGUGUUGAUCUUCUGUCUUCUUGUGUACAUCUAUCAGGAGAGGGCUUACUCUGCCAUCACGGAAAUUGGGACAACUCCAUGGGCUCUACCCAGCUUCAGGCAGGAUAAAACUUAAAUACUUACAGACAGCUCAGAGGUGUGAAAGCAU